AUGGAUAAACAACUUCGGGAACAGCUCAAAUUGGAUCUGUUAGGAUCAAAAAUACGCUCCUCACUGAAAAUCAAAGGGAAAUCUUGGCCAUCAGUGGGAAAGUCUCGACAGUCCGCUGCUGGUGGUGUGCGUAAUUCAGGCUCAAAUGGGGGCUCUGCUGAAGUGUCUGAUUCCGAAUCAGGUGGGACGGCAUCUGCCGCAAACUCUACUGAUCAGCUGCAUGUGGACGAGGUUGCCAGAAUGUGCACGGACAUGUCUGAAGAGGAAUUUGAGCAACAGGAAGAAAAGCUGAACUUAAGGCAACACCUGGAAGGCCAACUCUAUAAGUAUACCAAUGUUAUGAAAGGAUGGCAGACCAGGUGGUUCGUCCUCGACCCCACCUCGGGAAUGCUGGAAUACUUUGAGAAGGAGGAACACAAACGAAACAGAGCAAGAGGAUCUGUGCAUUUAGCUGGUGCUGUGAUUAGUCCGUCAGACGAAGAUUCACAAACAUUUACCGUUCAUGCUGCCAAUGGAGAAGUGUUUCGGUUAAAAGCUGCUGAUGCAAGAGAGAGACAACACUGGGUCAAUCGAUUACGAGCGACCGCUGAGUUCCAUACAGACACCAUAUCCUUGAACUUGCCUCCUGUUCAAAAACUCGAUUCCAAGCCUAACAGUCAAUUCCAUGAGAACCACACCACCCGUGUGGCGAGGCCUCCAGAAUUUCUUCCCCCAACAACAGUGACAAGGAGUGUGGCUGGUGACGAACCAGAUGAAAGAUCCCAUCAUAAAUCAGUGGUGCCAACGUCACAGGACUCGUUCAAGAAUGUGAAGGAUAUCUUAUCUCAAGUCCAUGAACAGAGCCAUCAGCUUAUACAGAGACUUGACGACCUUCCAUCACAGGGGCAGUUUCUGAACUCCUUGGACAAGGAGAUACUACUACUCAAGGCCACAUCGCAGGCAACGAUGUCAUGUCUUGAAGAAUGUCUUUCAAUACUUCAGCAACAGCAGGCUGUCGCUACCCAAGGCCCACUGGGGUUGCCGUCAGGGGCAACCAUUGAAUGGAUCAAACCAAAAACACCAAAUCGCCCAUCAUCACCUCUUCAUCACAUUCGAAAAACUAGUCAUACCAGCUCAAUGUCAUCGCUUGGGAGCAGUGUCGCAAGUGUCGACUUGAAGCCUGAAUUAGUCAAAGUGAAUCAUGAAGAGGAGGUUGAAGACACAUCUGAGUACACAGAUACGGACCUAGGGGGCGUCGAGGAACAUAAGAGUGUCAUCCUGCACUUGUUGUCACAGCUCAAGCUUGGCAUGGACUUAACCAAGGUUGUGCUUCCAACGUUUAUAUUGGAAAAACGCUCACUUCUGGAAAUGUUUGCAGACUGUAUGGCACAUCCAGAUACAUUCUUAAAGAUACCUGACCGACCCGAUGCUGAAUCCCGGAUGCUGGCCGUGGUAGAGUGGUACCUGACUUCAUUCCAUGCAGGCAGGAAGGAUGGCACGUGUAAGGGUUCUGUUGCCAAAAAACCAUACAAUCCAAUCAUUGGUGAGCAUUUCCAUUGCUCGUGGGAUGUGAGUAAGGAAGCACUAAGUGAAGCUAGUCGCCCAGUGAAUGGAGAUGUGAGGACAUCGGAUGAUAUCAGAUUGUCCUACUGUGCUGAGCAGGUCUCUCAUCAUCCUCCUAUUUCCGCAUUCUAUUUUGAAUGUCCGGAGAAGGAGAUCUGUAUGAAUGCCUCUAUAUGGACCAAGUCAAAGUUUAUGGGAAUGAGUAUAGGGGUCGUCAUGGUAGGAAAAGUAACAUUGUCUCUAUUGGGGCACAAUGAAGACUAUGUAUUUACGUUGCCAAGUGCUUAUGCAAGGUCGAUCCUGACCGUUCCGUGGGUCGAAUUGGGUGAUAAAAUAACGAUUAACUGUCCAAAAACAGGUUACUCCUCUUCGGUAACCUUUCAUACGAAGAGCAUUUUGAAAGAUUCCUCUCGCGUGCAAGCCAUUGACGACCCACAGAGUUCUAAGGUGGCAAUACUAGCAGGGUCUAAGCCAUUUUACGGAGGGAAGUUGCAUCGGGUGACGACCGAGGUGAGAAACAAUGCCACACAGAACAUUUGUUGUCGAGUGACGGGCGAGUGGAAUGGUGCCAUGGAGUUCUCAUUUUCAAACGGUGAUACGAAACUAGUUGACACAGGAACGUUACCGACCACGAUGAAGCGCGUUCGACCGAUAGAGAAACAAGAGAAUAUGGAGUCGCGCCGCCUCUGGCAACAUGUCACAAAUGCGUUACGAGUCGGAGAUAUCAACACUGCCACGGAACAUAAGAGAUUUUUGGAGGAGCGACAGAGGGAGGGUGAAAGGUACAGAAGAGAAACAGAGUCAGCUUUCCCAACCAAGUAUUUCCAUUUAGAAGGCGACUCGUGGACGUACAAUCAUGUGCUCAGGAACGGACAGACAAAAGGCACUGUGUAACUUGAAGCACUUGGAGAGACCUCAUUGAUAGUGGUUCCGUAAUUGACAGGAAAUCUUGGCGGUGUUGUGAAAAGACUUUCGUGUGCCCUUUUGAUGGGAAUCAAGAUGGAUUGCUUUGCUGAAAUGUUACGUUUUCAAACUGUCUUUGCUAGAAAAGUAGGGGGCCUACUCAGUUAAAAACAUGUCAAAUGAAAUCACUGUUUGAGAUCUUGCAACUAAUACCAUUUGAUUGUUAUGCCCCGCUCCACGGGGCAUAACAUGUUUUUGCUAACAUCCUUUUCUGCGUCAUCCACCAUGUCUACAUGUUGCGGUCACUUAACUGGAGCAUUUUUGCAGCUAUCACAAUGAAACUUUAUAAUCAUGUUAUCAACCUAAUUACCUUGGAUUGGAUUGCUUGUGGGCGUGUUUUAACUUAGUGAAAUAACUGACAGACUGACAGACAGCUUGGCUGUUUACCCAUUAUAGCCUGAAGCCUUGUGAACAUUUGAAUUCUCAAAAGUCUUUAAUUAGUUACGGAACUGUAUAGAGUUGAUCAUAUGAUCACAUGUCGGGUGGAUCUGUAAGCAUGAUCACACAUGUGGAUUUGUGGAUCUGUGGAUCUGAUGUCAUUGGAUGUUAAAAAACGAUUUGGUUGUGUGGUAUGGUCUCGUCGCUCACAGGGACUCAAGGAUUAGACAUGUUACAUUUAUUUGACUUCCUUCAGUUCACUCGAGAGCAAAGUCAGGAGUUUGGAUUGGAUGUCUACUAAGUCAAGAAUUAUGUUUAUCUCAACAAAGCCUCUAAAGUCAAAAGAAGGCUGAUACAUCCACGAUUAAAAGAAAUAAAACAUUGUGACCAAGGUGUUUUUGAAUGUGCCACUUGGCACAAUUGGAAUGGGACCAUUUGAGAAAAUAGAAAUGUUUUUCAUCUUCAUGUAGAUACUCUGUUAUGAUUGAGUAUUGCAAUGAAUCUUAUAAAGUUUAUCAUAAUUCCAAUAUGAUGUACCUGUGAUAUUUUUCUAGGUAUUUGUGAUUUCAUUGAAACCAUUGAUAUCAUUCCCAUUUCUUGUCAUGUUUUUGUAUAGGUGAUUCUAAGGAGAAGUCAUUCAGAAGAUGAGGGUCAAAUAUUGAUAAUUAUUUACUGUUUAAGGGAGCGUCCAUUAAGUACGUACGCAUGAAAAUGCCAAUUUUGAGACCCCCCCUCCCCAUGUAUGCACCUUGUACGCAUUGACUCAUACCCCCCCCCCACUCCUGUACGAGCGUACGCCUAGAGAACCUUGAAUUGCCUAGCAGACGAACAGACAUAGUACCUGAUUUUGCUACAUUGUAGCGCCACAAUCGAAUUGGCAAGUCGACUGUGCAAUUUUUCUCCGACGGCGACACGCAUUACCGGGAAAUUAAACGACGCUGGAAAUUGCUAAAACAUUGUAGUCGGGUAACAUCCGAACCCAGCAGCGUAUGAGUUCACACAUCUUGUGAAGAACAAGUAUGAUUAUCCAAAUAAGACUAAGAAAGAGGAGAAGAUUAUUAUGAUAAUAUUUAUUUAUUUUUUAUUUGUUCAAAAAAUGAUUCUUGGGUUGCGUAUGUACGCAAGACCAUUAACCCCCCCUCCCCCCCUGUACGCAUAGUGUACGGAUUUCAUAGACCCCCCCUCCCCCCUCAGUGCGUACGUACUAAAUGGAUGCUCCCUAACCACAAAUUUUCGUGGGUGAUUUAUUUUCAGAGCUUCAUCGAAUUACUUAGAUUUGCAAUUCAAAAAUUGUGAAAAAUGUUUUUUUGAUUGGAAGAAACGAAAGAAAUUUCAUAAUCCUCAGAGAGAGAAAUGGUGAAAAUAUUAUUUUUUUCAGAAUAUUUGACAAAUUGCAAAAGUGAUGUGUUGGGGAAAAUUUGGCGCUUCACAGAACAAUGAACGAAAAGAUAAAAAUUUCGUACCUUGUAGGAAAUUUUGCCAAUUGGCUUGUUUCUGCAUUAUUUUAACAUUUUCAGAUUAUCCUCGACAUCAUGAUUUCAUUGUUAUUGCACAUAUUGCAGACGACUUGGUUAGUGGAUUUGUGUUGAUGAACUAUAGGUACCCAAAGGCAAACAGACUGUGUAAAUACAUUGGUGUAUAUAGUGUACAGAAAUUUAAAAUAUCAUGCAUUCUUUUUGAAGAAUUUCUAGGUCCUAUUGAUUCUAAUGAGAGAAUAUGUGAUUUUAGACUGACAUAUCUUUAGCUCGCCUGUGGGGAGUUAUACAAUACUGCAGCGUCCGCCGUUUGUUAGCGGAGCACGUUUCAUAACUGUCAAGGCCAAAUUGCCGAAAUUUGGCUUGCUGGUAGCUUUUGGCAUUGGGCUCUGACCUACUUUCUUGCCAUGUGGCUAUCUUGGAAAACCUUGUAGUUAUUAUGUUUGGUUCAUCUAAUAAGGCUGCAUCUCAUGCCAUUCAUGUCUUUUAUUUGAGCUACUUGUCAAGGUCACAAGGUCAAAGGUUAAAAGUUUACCCUUGUUCCUUACGUUUUGUUUUGGUGUACUGUUGAGGGUUCUAAUUUGGUCUUGAGGAGAGUCUGAGUUCAAACUAUGUACGCACCAAAUUUCGGCCAAAUUCAAAUAUUCUAACUGUAACCAUAUUCCUGUACUACACCCACAGGUAAGCACAUGGCCCCUGGCCAUUUUACUGGUGAAUUAGUUGAGUAAUCAUUGUCAUUUCUCAAGCUUAUCCAACAGCAUGCAAACUAUCUGUUUUGAAAUGGGGUGAAGAAAAAGAUUGAUCUUUUUCCAGAAUUGACACUUUCCUUGAAAGAUGAUUUAGAAAUGGAGCAGGACAUGUUUACUGGUAACUUUAUCCAGGUUUUCAAGGAGUACAGUCCUAGGUAUAUUUGACAUCCCUUCUAUUUCGCAUAAGUUACGUUCAACCUAGGCUAGCUAUGUUUGUGGAAGCUGCAUGCCGAGUUAGUACGCGCAGGUUGCAGCUUAUUGCAAUAUGUUCCUCAAAGGUUACAGGUAUGUUACGCUCUUCGUAUGUGAAACGGAUCAAACCAGAUGAUAUUGCAAUGAUGAAUUUUAGCUCCAGAGAGGUGAGCUUAUCUUAUGGCACGUUUUGUAACCUGUGCGCAGGGUAGCUCGUAGGCUGCAUGAAACUUAUACACAAAUGUAGCAAAAUAUACACACACCAAGGAAUGUCAAUUGUGAUUGUGACUGUAUAUCUAUUGUGCAGUAAGAAUUCUCGUGGAUUAAAUGUACAUGUAUAAGCAGUUUAAAAAAAAGAAUUACCAUUUAGUCAUUUUAUCCAAAUACGUAACUUUAAAAUCAUUUCGAUGAAAUGCAUGUACAGUUGUGUGUCUCAUGACCUGAUGAUAUUAUAGCAAAUCCACGAUUCCACCAAAACUCACAGGCAUAUCCAUUACAUCAACAUCUACCGGUAGCGUUCUGUCGAAGCAGGCAAAAAUGUGUUUUAUUAAGAGUGUUCCAUAGUUGAGUCUGUGAAAGUUGUGAUACAAAUGGACAGUCCGUGCUAGAUUUAGAAGACAAACGACACAAAAAUACUGUUUUUAUGGAAUAUUAACUAAUUCGUCACUUGUGCUAAACAGAAGGCACCGUCUUGGUACAUGUAAGAACAUGAGGUCAGAAAGCAUGUUACAUGUAGCUCAUAACGUCGUUUCAUGUGCAUUGAGAUGUACAUGAAACAACACGUCAACAUGAUGUUAUAAGCUGACAUGCUUUCUGACAACUGGGCCCUGGAAUACUAUUUUCAAAUACAUUCUUGUCAGAUUUUCUUAUGUCAUGGGGUAUUCCAGCGUUUCAUCUUAUCCUACAUGUAAUAUAUCAUAAAAUGAAUUGUAAUAAAAGAAUGAACCUGUACAUU